AUGCCUUACCCAGAGACCACCACGGCAUUUGUCGUUACAGACAUCAAAGACGGGAACUGGACUAAAUUCUCCAAGCAGGAGGGGCAAACCUCUACGCGUCCAUUGACUGACUUCCUCCAGCUCAAGCUCAAGCCCUUCGAGUCCCACGACAUUGACAUUGCCAUUGAUGCCUGCGGUGUCUGCGCCUCGGACGUCCACACCAUCACCGGUGGCUGGGGCUCUGAGAUCCCACUUCCCCUCUGCGUCGGCCAUGAAGUGAUCGGACGCGCCGUCAAAGUCGGCGAUGCCGUCAAGGGCGUCAAAGUGGGUGACCGCGUUGGCGUUGGCGCGCAGAUUGGUGCCGAUUUGACUUGCAAUAACUGCAAGGCCGAUCAAGAGAACUAUUGCCCGAACUCAAUCGACACAUACGGCGCCCCGUACCCGGAUGGAACCAUCUCGCAAGGUGGAUACUCGAGCCAUAUCCGCGCGCAUGAGUACUUCACCUUCAAGAUCCCAGACGGACUGGACACGAACCUCGCAGCGCCCAUGAUGUGCGCCGGCUUGACAACCUACAGCCCGCUGGUAAGGCUGGGAUGCGGCCCGGGAAAGAAAGUCGGAAUCGUAGGACUCGGCGGCCUCGGCCACUACGCCGUUCUCUGGGCCGUCGCCCUCGGCGCCGAAGUAACCGUCAUCUCGCACUCCCCCUCCAAGAAGGAAGAUGCUCUCAAGCUCGGCGCCAAAAACUUCAUCAGCACAAAGGACGACAAGUGGGCCGAGCCCUACAAGUUCAGCCUGGACUUCAUCAUCAACUGCGCCGACGCGACCGACAAGUUCAACCUCCCCGACUACUUCUCCACCCUCAAGGUCAACGGCACCUUCCACAUGGUCGGCUUCCCGGACAACCCGCUGCCUAGCAUCAUGGCGCAGGACUUUGCGCCGAACGGGUGCUACAUCGGCGCCAGCCAUAUUGGAAACAGGCCCGAGAUGGAGGCGAUGUUGGAGCUGGCGGCGAAGCAGAAGAUUAAGAGUUGGGUGCAGACGAUUGAUAUUAGUGAGGCCGGGUGCAAGGAGGCGGUGGAGAGGGUGUAUAAGAAUGAUAAUGUGAAGUUUAGGCUCACUUUGACUGGGUUUGAUAAGGCGUUUGGCAAGAGGGCUUGA